GGUUUCAACAAUGGAAUUUUUGCAGAACGCCGGGAUCCGCGUUUCUCGAUCACAGCGACUAAUCUAGUUCGUCGCAUCUCCUCGUUCUCUUCUCCCGUAAUCCUCAUCGCUGCGAAUUCCGACUCUUUCCUUCCUCUGUUUUUUGCCUCGUUUGCGCCUGAUUGUUUUUGUUUAAUACUUGGAGAAUUAGAAGCACUGUUUUCGAAGGAGGUUGCGAUUGUUGUUAGGAGUUGGAACAAUGUCAUCUAGGGGCGAACGUCAAACUGUGCCACUUUCGGUGCUUCUGCAGCGAGAAUUAGCGAAUGAGAAGGCUGAGAAUCCGGAUAUUGUACACGGACAAGCCAACCAGAGCAAGAAAGGCGAGGAUUACACGCUGCUGAAAACCGAAUGCCAGAGGGCAAUGGGAGAUGGUAUCACCACAUUUUCUGUUUUUGGGAUUUUUGAUGGACACAAUGGGUCUGGAGCUGCAAUUUACACCAAGGAGAAUCUCUUAAAUAAUAUCUUAAAUGCUAUUCCCUCGGACCUUAACCGAGAUGAAUGGAUUUCUGCAUUGCCAAGAGCUUUGGUUGCUGGCUUUGUUAAAACAGAUAAAGAUUUUCAAGAGAAUGCACGAGCAUCAGGAACGACUGUGACCUUUGUCAUAAUAGAAGGAUGGACAGUAACUGUUGCAUCAGUUGGUGAUUCCCGUUGCAUACUUGAAUCUGCUGAAGGUGGAAUCUAUUACUUGUCAGCUGAUCAUAGGCUUGAAUGCAAUGAGGAAGAGAGAAACCGUGUUACGGCAAGUGGGGGUGAGGUUGGUCGACUAAACACUGGUGCGGGUGCAGAGAUUGGUCCUUUGAGAUGUUGGCCAGGAGGCUUGUGUCUUUCACGAUCAAUUGGAGAUAUGGAUGUUGGCGAGUUCAUUGUUCCUGUUCCUUAUGUAAAGCAAGUGAAGUUGUCUACAGCUGGAGGUAGGCUCAUAAUCUCUAGUGAUGGUGUUUGGGAUGCUUUAACUGCAGAAAUGGUGCUUGAUUGUUGUCGUGGAUUGGCACCAGAUGCUGCAGCUGGACAAAUUGUUAAAGAAGCUUUAAAGGCCAAGGGACUACGAGAUGAUACAACAUGCAUAGUUGUUGAUAUAUUGCCACAGGAGAAGCCAGCUGCUCCUCUGCCACCACCAAAGAAGGCAGGAAAAAGAAUUUUGAAGUCUAUGUUUCGCAAGAAGUCUUCUGAACCAUCAUCUCAAGUUGACAAAGAAUAUAUGGAACCAGAUGUAGUGGAAGAAUUAUUUGAGGAGGGGUCUGCUAGGCUUUCAGACAGGUUAGAUACAAAAUACCCUUUGUGCAACAUGUAUAAGCUGUUUAUGUGUGCAGUCUGUCAAGUGGAGAUCAAACCUGGAGAGGGUAUUUCAAUACACGCUGGCUCAUCUAAUUGUGCGAAAGUGCGUCCCUGGGAUGGCCCUUUUCUUUGUGCAAGUUGCCAAGAGAAGAAAGAGGCCAUGGAAGGUAAAAGAUCAUCAGGAGGUAUAGAACAUUUCUCUCUCUCUCUCUCUCUCUGUGCACACACAUGAGUGUUGUGAGUGUUAAUAGUUUUGUUUUGCUGUUUUCAGACAGAUGCAGUAGUGAUAGUGACUAGCUAGACCUCCUCCAUUUCAGUUGCAUUCUCUGGGACUUAACAAUUGUUUUAGAGGCAGUCAUAAAUCAGAAGAUGUGGCUUUCUCAAGUUAUUAAUUCCCUUCAAUAUCUUUGUGGAGGGUUUAGAAUUUUGAUCCGUUUUACCACUCAAAAUCCUCUUGGAUCUCUCACUAAUGAUUCUGUACUUGAAGUUGGAAGAGCCGAGUUGAAAUCUAUUCUAGAUUUAUGUUUUCUGGCUUCAGGAGCAAGAGGAAAAUGUCCUUGCUCCAUGUAAAAUGUGAAAAUGAGAGUAUAUUUGAUCAACGCUUUGAUAGACUGGCCAAUGCAUAAUAGCAUGCCUCAGAGGUAUUUCAUUCUGUCUAGAUUCUUCCAAAUUGUACACCACUUGCUCUAAUUUCUUAAUUCUGACAGUAAACAAUAGUAAGGUUCGUUGUAUGCUGUCGUGAAAUAGGGAGUUUGGUUAGUAGUCGUACAGAUUCGUCAGAAAAAAAAAAAAAAAUGGAAAACUUGCUC